AUGGAAACGGUGAUCCUUUACGCACAAAUUGUUGUGGAAGAAGAAUUGUAUCUCUACAACCGAAACGAUCGAAAAUUCUGGUCAUUGUUUCCAAACGAUUUGCAAGAAAUAACUGUAAUCAUACAUAGAGGAUUACAAGAAACAGUUCCACGUGCUCUUGAUUCCGUUGAUUUGGUAGAUUCGCGCGAAAAACGUGGCGAU